GCAGAGGCGGCGGGGCGUCUCUGAAUUGUAAGCUCCGGUAGAGAGCAAGGGAGGGGACGGAACCACGCUAAAUAUGGAAGGCGAGAGUCGAGAACCAUGUUAAAUGUAUGAAAUAACUGCCUUUUAAAGGAAACAGCCUGCAAGGAUUUACCCGCUGGUGGGACAAAGAAGGACUGACACACCGCACUCCUGCUGGUUUCAGGCAUCUGGACUGAAAAAAAAAACCAAAAAAACAAAUUGUAAUUGCUGUUAAUCGGGAUAGAAUCUGCCUUUGCUGUGAGGAGGACAUCUCUCACCACGGCCUGUACAGCCUCUACACUUGUGAUUGUUAUUGCAUCUGAAGCAUCCAGCUACAGUCCAACCACAAGUACCGAAACUGAGCAGCAGCCUGGUCUCAUCAAUAGUUAAUAGCUUCUUAAUGGCUACUGAUGUUUCAUUCUGAUUUAUGAUUGACCCUUGAAGCCGUUACCACCUUAUACCAGAUUCACAACAGUGCUGCCGCAGUGCUUUAUAUAAAAGCUGUUGAUGCAAUAGGUCACAGUUAUUAAUUAUUGACACAUCUUAACAUCUUAUUGUAGUUCCACACAUACAAAAAUCCAGCAGAGAGUGACAGUCGACCCUUCACUGUUAACUCCACAAGCUCAGGAUGGUGGAGGAGCGCAUUUACGCCACAGGCAUGGCCGCCAAGCUGAGGAGCCAGUGGGAUCGUGAUGAGGGUCUGGGACAGAACCACAACGCAGUGAAGUUUCUGGGUCAAGAUUAUGAGUCUCUGAGAGCCAAGUCCCUCCGGAGUGGGAGGCUGUUUGAGGACAGCCUGUUCCCGUGUGCUGCAUCGUCUCUGGGAUUCAAUGAGCUUGGAGCAAGAUCCUCCAAGACCCACGGAGUCCGCUGGAUGAGACCCACGGAGUUCUGCAAGCAGCCUGAGUUCAUUGUAGAUGGAGCUACUCGCACAGACAUCUGUCAGGGAGCUCUGGGGGACUGCUGGCUGCUGGCGGCCAUCGCCUCGCUGACCUUAAACAACUCCCUCCUCCAAAGAGUGGUUCCUCAUGGUCAGAGCUUCCGGCAGGGAUACGCUGGCAUCUUUCACUUCCAGUUCUGGCAGUUUGGGGAGUGGGUGGAGGUGGUGAUCGACGACCGGCUGCCCGUAAAGGAUGGGAAGCUGCUGUUCGUCCACUCAGCAGAGGGAACCGAGUUCUGGAGCGCGCUGCUGGAAAAGGCCUACGCCAAACUGAACGGCUGUUAUGAGGCGCUGUCAGGCGGCAGCACAUGUGAGGGCUUUGAGGACUUUACAGGCGGUGUGACGGAGAUGUACGAGCUGAGGAAGGCCCCUUCUGACCUCUACAGCAUCAUCAAGAGGGCCAUAGACAGAGGAUCACUGCUGGGCUGCUCCAUUGACAUCACCAGCUCACGAGACAUGGAGGCCGUCACGUUCAAGAAGCUGGUGAAGGGACACGCCUACUCCGUGACAGCUGUUGACGAGGUGGUGUACAGAGGAAAUAUGACCAAGCUGGUUCGCAUCAGGAACCCAUGGGGGGAAGUGGAGUGGACCGGAGCCUGGAGCGAUGACUCCAGAGAGUGGGACAAUGUGGAUCGCUCGGUCAGAAGUCGGUUACAGAACCGCAGCGAGGACGGUGAAUUCUGGAUGUCGUACAGCGACUUCCUCCGCGAGUUCACCCGUCUGGAGAUCUGCAACCUGACAGCCGACGCCCUGCAAAACAGCCAGCUGAAGAAAUGGAGCUCCUCGCUCUACCAGGGAGAAUGGAGGAGAGGCAGCACAGCUGGGGGCUGCAGGAACUACCCAGCAACCUUUUGGCUCAACCCUCAGUUCAAGAUCAUGCUGCAGCACCCAGACGCUCCCGGCCAAUCAGACUGUAGCUUCCUGGUUGCCCUCAUGCAAAAGGACCGCAGGAAGAAACGGAAAGAGGGCAAAGACAUGGAGACCAUCGGGUUUGCUGUCUAUGAGGUUCCAAAUGAGUUUACGGGCAGGUCCGGGGUCCACCUGAAGCGGGAGUUUUUCCUCACCCACGCCUCCAGCGCUCGCUCUGAGCUCUUCAUCAACCUGAGGGAGGUCAGCAAUCGGUUGCGGCUGCCGGCAGGGGAGUACAUCAUCGUCCCGUCCACCUUCGAGCCACACAAGGAGGCCGACUUUGUCCUCAGGGUCUUCUCUGAGAAGCCUGCUAACUCUGAGGAGCUUGACGACAAUGUUGUGGCGGAGCUUCCGACAGAGACUCAGCUAGAUGAGAGCCAGAUCGACGCAGGCUUCAAGAAUCUCUUCAGACAGCUGGCAGGGCCGGACAUGGAAAUCAGUGUGACAGAGCUGCAAACCAUAUUGAACAGGAUCAUCAGCAAACAUAAAGACCUGAAGACAGACGGCUUCACGAAAGAAGCUUGUCGCAGCAUGAUAAACUUAAUGGAUACGGACGGCAGUGGAAAGCUGGGCCUGACAGAGUUCCAUGUACUCUGGGAAAAGAUUAAACGCUACCUGACCGUAUUCAGGCAGUUUGACUUGGACAAAUCGGGCACCAUGAGCUCCUACGAGCUGAGGAUGGCCCUUGAAUCUGCAGGCUUUAAGCUGACGAACCAGCUCUUCCAGCUCAUCAUCCUGCGCUACACGGAGGAAGACAUGGCCGUGGACUUCGACAACUUUGUCACCUGUCUGGUCAGACUGGAAACCAUGUUCAAAACCUUUAAGACCUUGGACACAGAUGCAGAUGGUCAAAUAUCCCUCAACUUCUUUCAGUGGAUUACCCUGACCAUGUUUGCGUAAGAGAUGAGUGGACUCCUCCGUAACUCUUGCACCGCAUCCUGCUGCAGCACCAGGCCCAGUAUCUGUUGUCUGAGAAGUGCCUUUUCUCCUCCAGUUCUUCCUCUCCUCCAGGCUGCUCGCUGCUGAGGCCCUCUGAGGCUAAAGACUGUAAAUUCAUUCUUACUGUGCCUGUAUUGGGAACGUGCCAGUCCUUUAUUUGUCACCCGUUUUGCCCACAGAAGGAGGCUCUCUUCUUCUAGCCUGGCAGUCAACUCGACAGUAGCACUGGCAGUUUUUAGCUAUACAAACAUUUCUUGGAAGCAGACCUGCUCGGGGGGCAGAAAUAAUCUUAUUGGUUUGGUUUCAGUGCGUGGAGACAAAAAAGUUGUUAAAGUAAAGUAGCUUUUUCCACAUAUAGCAAUAUGUUGCCAUACAUUUUUUCUAAAGUUACUGACUUAGCCUAGCGGUCAUUAAUGUUUAAAGAACUGCUAGCCAUACUAGCUUCUGGCUACUUGGUUUUAGAGGACCAAACCUGACUUAUAAGAGAGUAAAUUAAUGAAUUUUAUAGUCAAAUGAAUUAACAAAUGAACACUAUAUUUAUAAACAUAUAAAAUGAACAAAGAAAUUGACGGGAAAAUUAUGCAUUAUUUAUUUUUCCUUUUACAGGAUUUAACUAUUGGUCAAUAUAUUUUAAUAUUAGUUUUUUUUAUGUCAGCAGAAUUAUUUAUUUUUCAUGGGCUGAUUUUAACCUUAUUGACAUGACCUAAUUUAUUUAACUUUCAAUAUUAUAAUUGUGCAUUUAUCUCUCAUAUUUUUCCAUUUUCUUCUCCAAGCAGCUAAGGUAGGAAGCCAGGCUAAGCCAAACCAAGCUAAGCUCGUGAAGGAAUGAAAAAGGGACUCAUGGAAAUGUUUUUGUUCAUGUCUUGCCCAGAGUUCCAUGUUGUGCUGCACGAGUCGCCAAUUAGCCAACUAGCACUCGAAAAUUUGUGCCCAACCAAUAAGAUUAUUUUUGCCUCCUUUUAAACUAAAUAUAACCAAAACUUGAGUCUGCAGGUUUUUCUCCCUUCAGGGUGGUCAACUAGGACAUUUUAGGUCAAUUAGUGUUUUAGUUUUUUAUGGUGUUUUUAUCAGGAAUGAUUACUCGUUAAUAAUCACUCUUCAUCUUAAAAUUCUUACAAAAUAAGCACUAGAUUCUAAGGGAUACGCCUGUACAUUAACCUGCCAAUCUCAACUCUCUUUUCAGCCUUUUCUUUUUUAACAGCCAACAUUUAGUGCAUAUGAAUUUGCAUAAUAUAUAUCUUUAGUCGGCCUUUGUAGCAACACCGCUGGCCUGGCACUUUCUGUUUACAUCUUGUGCUAAAACUUUGCUUUUACCUGAGCAACAGGGGUCCACUCAUGAAGCUUUACUGGGCCCUGCAGUGCAGAGACAAUGGUGGAGUGUUGUAUCAUAGAGAAUGUGUUGAGUUAUAUUUCUUUAAACUUAAGCCUGUCUAGCUUUAAGAUACACCAGCUUAUCAUUAUGCAUGAUGCUUUUUACAAACCAUUUUGGAAAAUUUGAAAAAAAAAAAAAAAAAAAGUUUAACUUUUAUAUCGUGGCUGGAACUGAUGUUAUAGUGGUUUAAAGGGGGAUGUGUCCACCUUUCAAAGGGAACAAGAACAUGUCAGUACUUUACGUAAGCGUAAAUAGUUAUGCAAGAUGGAUGGAUAUGUUGUCUGCA